AUGUCUGAAACCAAAGACUCCAAAACCGUCGAGGUCAUAGUCACCAACGAAGAAGUUGCCUCAGCAGAAUCACAGGAUGGUGGAUUCAAAGUGACCGAUCAACUCUACGAUAUGUUCCUGGCCUCCCAGGAGUAUCCCGUGGAACAGCUCGAAGAAGACUCCAAUAGAGUCAGGCGCAAACUGGACAUGUACCUCAUGCCUCUGUUGAUGUUCACCUAUUUGCUUUCGUUUUUGGACAAACAGACACUCAAUUAUUCCAAUGCUUAUGGUUUGCAAGAGCAGCUGCACAUGGUUGGUCAAGACUAUUCCUGGGCAGCCAGUGCUGCCAAUUUUGGCCAACUGAUUGCGGCAUGGCCAGUGAACAUGAUGUUGCAGAAGGUGCCUGUUGGAAAGACCUUGUCUGUGUUUGUAUUUUUCUGGGGAGUUGUUUGUCUUUGUACUGCUGCUAGUUCCUCUUUUGGUGGACUGAUGGCUGCUCGUGUGAUUCUGGGAAUGGUUGAAGCCAUCAUUGCUCCGGCGUGUAUGGCUUUGACAGCCAUGUUCUAUCAAAGAAAAGAGCAAUCGCUGAGAAUGUCACUUUGGCUGGGCUGUAACGGAAUUGCCACCAUGUUGGGUGGAGUUAUUUCAUGGGGUUGUGGCCAUGCGCAUUCUAGUUUGGACUCCUAUAAACUGAUUUAUAUGGUCGUGGGGUCUAUUACAUGUGCCUGGAGUUUCGUGAUCUUCUUCCUCCUUCCUGACACUCCAAGAAACGCCAAAAUGCUGACAGAAUACGAGCGCAUUGUUGCUGUCUAUCGUAUUGCGAAGAACAAGUCUGGAGCAAAAAACCUUCAGUACCAGAAAUACCAGAUCAAGGAAGCCUUCAUGGACCCGCUCGCUUACGCUAUCUGGUCUUUGCAAUUUUCUCUUGGUCUCUUGAACGGAGGGGUUGCCAAUUUCACCUCCACAUUGUUCAAAGCCUUCGGAUUCACAGGAAUGGCUUCCACCCGGCUUCAAGUCGUUGGAGGUGCUUUUGAGCUGGUCUCGUGCUUCUUCUUUGGGUUCCUAGCUGCUAACGUCAAGAACACGCUCAUGUUGUCCAUUUCACUGGCUGCUGUUCCUGGUAUCGCGGGAAUUGCAGGUAUCACGUCCAUUCCGAUGAAGCACAAAUACGCACUUGCUGCCUGCACUUGGUUCCAGAACACUUUUGGUGCCAGUAUCAUCCUCACAUGGUCCAUUCCUAGCGUCAACAUCACCGGUCACACCAAGAGAGGAACCGUUGUCGGGAUUGGUUUUGUGGUGUAUGCCGCUGGAAACAUCAUUUCUCCUCAUUUCUUCGACGCCAAAGAUGCUCCUAGAUUCAAGCCUGCGACUACGGGUUUAUUGGUGUGCUACUCCUGGUUGAUCUUGACUCCAUUGUGUUUGGCUGGUUUUCUGCACUAUAGAAACAAGAGUCGUGACAGAAAGGGAUACAUUGUUGCAGAUCGUGAAGAGAUCCUCGCGGGUUUCGCCGACCAGACGGAUUUCGAAAACAAGGGUUUCCGCUAUAUCUUCUAG